GUACUAAAGUCAGAGGCCUUGGCGGUCGCUCAGCAGUGACGUGACACGCAGCAGGCGGCGAGGUCGUGCGCGCCCUCGCUCCUUCCUCUUUCUCGACUCCAUCUUCGCGGUAGCGGCAGCGGUAUCCGCGGUUCAGUCGCCAACAUGCAGCUCUUUGUCCGCGCCCAGGAGCUACACACUCUCGAGGUGACCGGCCAGGAGACGGUCGCCCAGAUCAAGGCUCAUGUAGCCUCGUUGGAGGGCAUCGCUCCAGAAGAUCAAGUCCUGCUCAUGGCAGGCACGCCCCUAGAGGAUGAGGCUACCCUGGGCCAGUGUGGGGUGGAGGCUCUGAGCACUCUGGAAGUAGCCGGCCGCAUGCUUGGAGGUGAGUUGGGGAGGUCUGUGUUUUGAACUGCUUUGUAAGCU